AUGGCAGCUGCCUGCUUAUCCGAAAUUUCGCCAAAAUUCUCUUUUGUCGGGCUACAGCUUCAAAAACAAGCAUCUAUAUGCUUGUCGGAGGAGAUUCAAGAAAAUGAGAUCCGAACUUCGUCUCUUUUAGCUCUGGUUAUGCUCGGGAUGAGUCGCUCCUGGCACAAGCCUGGUGAAGUGGGUCAAUCAGAGUUCGAGAUACUUGCCACGACACUUCUUUCUUCCAAGGCCUGUCCAGGCAAUACCAGUCAAUCUGAUGAACAAAAGAUGUCAUUUUUUCGAAACUCUCUUGUCUACUGGCAGUUAUUGCUUGCAUUCGUUUCUGACAGGGAGCCGAAUAUCCAGGGAAUGAGGCAAAAGCGGGCACAACCAACCCAACAAGACGCGUGCGGGUUGGAUGAACCACUUAUGCCCCAUCCCCAAACUGGCGUUGGAAUUGAGAUUCAGGUACUCGUCGCAAAAGUUGGAUAUCUUGUCAGAAAAGAACGAAAGCGCAUUCGCUCUCGCCGAUUCGCCUCCAGAGACGAUAUUGACCAAGCCCACAAGGCCAUUCUCGAGGCAGAACAAUUACAAUCUCUACUCUGUGCAAUUCAGCUCCCGCAUAAAGAUACGAUCGCUGACUCUGGUGAUGAAAUGACACCGCCAGAUCACCUACUCCAAAUCGCCGAGGCAUAUAGGUGCACGGGCUUACUACAGCUUUACCGAAAUUUCCCAGAUCUUCUAUUGCCAUACGCAUCACUCCAUGAUCCAACGCACGAAUUCAUCACUUUCAGUCCAGGUACUGAAGCAUCCUCUAGUCUAGAUAAUAAGAAUCCAGAAAAUGCAUGGCUGGUUUACUUGGCCUUGCAUAUUCUCGACUUGGUAAAUGGUAUCCCUGUGUCAUCGACUAGUCGAUCCAUCCAGCCAUUUCUUCUUGUGAGCAUUUGCAGUGAGUUGGCUCUGGAUUUUGCGGGCUGCUCAACUGUCAGUGCACAGCAGCUUCCUCUAGCAAGUCUCGCCUCUAGCCCAAGGCUGAGGGCUCCAGUGACCGAGAUCGAGAUUUUGCAAGCAAGGAAGUCUAUAAUUUCUCGUCUUUCGUGUUUUGAAAAUAUGCUAGCGGCGAAGCCUAUACGCCAAAUGCUGCUCCUUGUCAAAGAUACGUGGGCUUGUAUGGAAACGGAUCAAUCGGAUGUCUACUGGAUGGAUGUCAUGAUUGAAAAGGGAUACACAACUCUUAUGGGGUAA